CACAAAUACACUCUCUCUCAAUAAUUCAUUCACACAGUCAGUCUUGUGAUCCCAAACAUGAGUGCAGGCAAGAAAAGACGAGCAGUGAUCGGGAAGCUGGUAACCAGCGGGCAGCGGGUGGAAGCGGGGGGCAGCAGCCCAAGAAGCCCUUUGGACUUGAAAAUACUAGUAUCACCAAAAAGAGGCGUACUUAAUGUGGGUGGUGGAGUUGGGCUUGGAAUAGUAGCCGCCCUUGGUGAUGAACCGGAGGAGGAGGAGGAGGAGGACGAUGAAGAGUACACAAUAGUGACACGGCACAUGCCAAAUAAUAACUCGUACAGAAAGGUGUAUGAUGGAAAAGGAAACAGUACAAGGUGUGUGUUGGACAUAUCUCCGGUGGAUGUGAAAGGGGACUUUUUGAGUUGUUGCCAUGAGUGUAAUAAGAGACUGGAUGGGAGAGAUGUGUACAUGUACAGAGGGGAGAGACCAUUUUGUAGCAUAGAGUGUAGAGCCAGGGCCAUCUGGAUGGAACAACAACAAGAAGAAGAAGAAAGGAGGAGUUGUGGCUCACAAGCAGCACCUUCUCCUUCUUCUUCUUCUGAUGUCGCCACAUCCGGCGGCAUCUUUGCUAUUAUUUAACACAAACAAUUUUGUAAUGUUACUUACAGGCACUCAGGGAAAUAUAUAUUUAAUAAAAAGAGGAGUAAUUAACUGUUUGUUUAUGCCA